GAGACAUAGAAAGUUAUGUGUUUCUCCGGGGCUGUCACAAAUAGACCUAUAUUUUUCCCCAUUCUUCUUUAACCUUAUCGUUGUCCCCAAAUCUGAUGCUGUGUGUUAAUGUAUAAAGUCACCUCAACCACACGUCAGACAACGAUGUCAUCGUCUUCUCUCUGGAAAACAAAUUCCAAACUCGUACCUGCGGUGAGUCUGUAUUCAUUUUGUGCUUUUAAGUUGGUGUUGUUGGAAGCUACUCUUCUAUGACCCUCUUUUAAGACCAACUGCUGUUUUUACGGACCCCCACAGCAAAAGUCCGAGUGAAAAAUCUAGUGAUGUGUCGGUCGCGAACGAAUCGGCUCUCAGAGCCGGCUCGCGUGGUUGGGAGCCAUUUGGGAGCCGGUUAGUUUUUUUUCCUCGUCUUUUUUUCUCUUAAAAGGCGAAUCUCAUUGGUCAAGAUGUGUGGCGGCGUCUUACGUCCACACUAAGACAACAAAAAAAAUUGAGGAGCCACUUGGGAGCUGAGCCAAAAGAACCGGUUCUCUAAGAAAGAGCUAAAAUUUCCAUCAUUAAAAGGAUCCACUACUGUAUAUCAGGGGCCCCCACUUUCAGAAAACAGCAAUGAUUUAAAAAAAAAGACUAUAUUUGUAAGUAACUACAUGGUAUUUUAUGUUUGUUUGGGUUUUCUUGGUAAUAAGGGUGAUUAUUAAAAAAAAAAAAGUAUUUUACAUUUAUUUUACUGUUGGGCUUUUUUGUAAAGUCGUUGCAAAAUCUCGUGAGUCGUGAGUUGCAUUUUUUUGGGCUCUAUUUUCUCCCAUUAUGUCUAGGGUAAUACGAUUGUAAAGGUGAGUAUGGGGUGUUAUUUCAUGUUUAGAGGGCUCUGAUAAUGUUAAAAAACCUAUUUAGAAGGUUGUAAAUAGGUUUUCUGUGCUCUAACUACAAAAAUAUUCAAUUUAUAAAUAAGGAAUCCUACUUCACUUAUGUUAUUAACAAGCGGCCUCUCUUCACAAUGUGGUGGGUUGUCUGUUGGGCUUGUUUUCAGAGAGCUGGUCGCUUGUUUGCACUUGUUUUCUUGUUUCCAGAUGAGCUGCAAGCAUGACUCAUGAGGGAAAUCAGUCAAGAAAAGCUUCAUCGUCCUUCUCCCACCUCUUCAUGGACGCGUGGAAGAACAGGCUGAACAACAAUGGACGAAGCAAGUGCAGAUAUUGAGAGACAGACUGACGCCCACCUUGAGUUCUGAUCUUUGCAGUGAUCAUUUCACUGACGACUGCUUCGAAGGAACACCUUUACAGGAAGUGUUUGGCUUGAAGCGGGGGGACGUGCAUGAGACAUCCAUACCGACAGCGCUGUGGAGUUGAACUCCCUCCAGAGGAGCUUCCACGCUCGGAUGUGUUAGCGUCAUCCAGCCCAGGCUGGGACCGGGAAGCAGCACGGAAGAAUAUAUUUGGCUGUCAGAGACGUGCAUAUUCAUCCAAGCCACAUCGCAGCGUGAUGGGGUGUGUUGGGAGUUGUGCAUGAGGAACUGAACAUUUAAGCCAAACAUGGGAGCUGCAGACGACACGCGAGGAUGGAGUGUUUUGGCCGCGAUGAUGCUGCUUGCAGUGCUGAGCCAUACGAACAGUGCCAAAGACCUGGAAGCCCCUCAGCUGGCCCCGGGGUCCACGCACCAGCAUCAUCGCCUGAAGAGAGGCUGGAUCUGGAAACAGUUGUUUGUCCCGGAGGAAGACCCCACUCCUCGUGUUAUCGGCCAGCUCAAGUCCGACUACGACCGCGGGGAGUCCGCCAUCCAGUACAUCCUGUCAGGCGAGGGCGCGGGGGAUGCGUUCGAGAUCGAUGAGUACUCUGGCGAGAUCCGCACGCUGAAGAAGUUGGAUCGCGAGGAAAAGGCCUUCUAUGUCCUCCAGGCGCAGGCCAUCAACAGGCGCUCCAAAGAACCCGAGGAGCCCCAAUCGGAGUUCAUCAUCAAGGUGCAGGACAUCAACGACAAUGCCCCCCAGUUUCAGAACGAGCCAUAUGUGUCCAGCAUCCCAGAGAUGUGUCCCACUGGCACCACGGUGGUCCAGGUAAGCGCCACGGACGCUGAUGACCCCAUGUUUGGCAACAACGCCAAGCUCAUCUACUCCAUCCUGCAGGGAGAGCCCUACUUCUCUGUGGAGCCAAAGACAGGGAUUAUCAUGACCUCCUGGCCCAACAUGGACCGCGAGGCCAAGGAGCAGUACCUGGUGGUGGUGCAGGUGAAGGACAUGCUGGGCCUUAGCGGCGGCUUCUCGUCGUCCACCACUGUCACGGUCAGCCUGAGCGACGUCAACGACAACGGGCCCAUGUUCCAGCACCAUUUAUACACCUUUGCCAUUCCCGAAGAUGCUGUAGUGGGCACCACAGUGGGCAGGGUGAUGGCAGAGGAUGCUGACAUCGGUGCCAACGCCAGGAUGAACUACAGCCUGGAGGAUGACCUGGAGGAGAGCGCCACAUUCACCAUCCAAACAGACCCGGCCACCCAGGAGGGAGUGGUCCUGCUGGCCAAGCCGUUGGACUAUGAGUCAAAGCGACGCUACGUGAUGGCCGCAGAGGCCGUCAACGAGCAGGUGGACACCACCUUCCUGCCCUUGGACGAGUUCACGGACAGGACCACGGUGAAGAUCGUGGUGGACGACGUCAACGAACCGCCCGUCUUCCUCUCGCCGUUCUACGUGUGGAAGGUGGCCGAGAAUGCCGCCGUGGGGAGCACCGUGGGUGUCGUCAGCGCCCGGGACACCGACACCGCCAACGAUCCCAUCAGGUAUUCCAUAGACAAAAGCAGCGACACCAUAAAGACUUUCAGAAUCGACCCUCUCAAUGGAACGCUCACCAUCACCAAGGCUUUGGACCGCGAGAUGGCCACCUGGCACAAUCUGACUGUCAUCGCCAAGGAAGCUACGCACAAUCGUUUGUCCUCUUCAGUGGCGGCGUCAAUCAAGGUGCUGGACGUCAACGACAACGCGCCCCAGCUGGCCGGCCACUACCAACCGUAUAUCUGUGAGGGGACGCAGGCAGGGGAGCUCAUCCAGCUGCUCAGCGCUGUGGACCCAGACGAGCCUUCCGAGGGUCACCACUUCUACUUCUCCAUGGUUCCAGACAUACACAUCAAUCCUAACUUUACCAUACGUGAUAACCAAGACAACACGGCCGGCAUCGUGGCACGCAGGAGCACGUUCACCCGCAAGGACCGCAGCCGUUAUUUCCUUCCCGUGGUGGUGUCGGAUGGCGGAUCGCCUGCGCUCUCCAGCACCGCCACGCUCACCAUCAGCGUGUGCAGCUGCCAGCCUGGCGGGCACUGCCCCUCCGGGGGGGUGGAGGCCCUCGCCCUGUCUAUGGGGGUCAGCCUGCAGACGUUUGUGGGGCUUCUGGUGUGCUUGGUCUUGAUCACAGCCCUGUCACUCCUGAUGCUGCUGCUGAGACGACACAGGCGCAAACAGAAGGCCGGCCACAAGGACGCGAGCAAGCUAGACCUGCCCGACACAGUGUCCCAGAAGGUGCUCUACUACGGGGAAGCCAGGGAACAUGUCCCCGUCUCGGGCCGUCCAUUCCAGCAGCGCGCCGCCGCCGCCGUCCCACUGCGCCCCCACCAUAAAAGGAGGGACAGGAAGCUGGCCAUGGAGGAGGUGCGGGCCAGCAUCCGGAUGUCCCUCAGGGAGUCUCACCUCAUCGGGCCCGAAGACGAGGUCUUCAGGCAGUUCAUCCUGGACCGCCUGGAGGAAGCAGAUGAGGAUCCCUGUGCACCCCCCUUUGACUGCCUGAGGACUUAUCUGUAUGAGGGCUCGGGGUCUUCUGCUGGCUCCCUCAGCUCCCUGGAGUCUUGGACCCAGGAGGAGCCUGCCUCUGGUCCUAGAACUCACUGGGCCAGACUGUCCCCCUGGUAUGGUGGAGAGGAGGAGGACACUGUCUUCUGAUGUCUUUAAAAAAAAAAAUCCCUUGUUACCAUGGAAACUGGAGCUCAAGGUAGGAAAACCAAAGUGGACACCGAUACAACCUUUGACUCCGGCUACCUCAUGCAUUCAACGCCAGUAGGAUUCUUGCAUUCUAGCAUAAAUAGCAUCUGCUGAAAGACAAACAACAGUCUGUGUCAACUGAAAUGAUAUAUUUUUUGUCCCAUUGCACCUGCAGUACCUAUAAAACGCCUCUCGGAGACAGUAUCGCUCUCCUUUACGUGUUCGUCGACCAUCUUCAAAGGGUGAGUAGUAGUUUUACUUUAUUUUAGGUUUAUUAUACAGUGGAUUGUUAACUUUAUAGAGGUUUAAAGAUAUGGUGGCCAGAUCAACAGAUUAAAAAUGAACAGUUAGGGGCUAUCAUGUGACGUCCUGAAACUGCACAUGUUGGGUUUUUGUACGAAAUGUAUGCUUGAAUACGUUGGAUAUUAUCAUUCUUCCUGUGUUAGACCUCCAUACAGUGCUACUGACCUGUAAAUUGUCAUUAUUUGAUGCAAUUCAGGUGUGAAUGAUCAUAACAAUCCAUAGGAGAAUGUGUUUUUGUAAAAUAAAGAUGGUAUUUCCAGAGGAGCCUAUUAUAAAUAUGAGGCAGCAUUGGGUGCUGACAUCCAAUCAGCAUCACAAUUUGCCAGAGCAAAAGUUCCUCAUUUAAAAUGCAUAAUGCUAGCAGCGUGGGUGUCAGCUGGCGGGGGUAAUUGCGCGGUGAUGACGCCCCGCCCUCUUCUCCUGCGCUAAUUGAGCUGAAGGUCAAACGUGAUCUGGUACUCGCUGGAGAAACAAGUGCAGAGGUUGAGUGAAAGGCUGCAGGUGAAGCGCCAACAAAAGAUCUUUGUGCACUAAGUGCUCCACUCGGUGGGAAUGCCUAUUUUUUCCCCCCCGGUGCAGCCUUUUUGACUGCAGUGAAGCCUCCAAACGGCCUUUAAAGACACACACCUGAAGAGCACCUUUCAAGGCAGCCAGCAUCCAACUCGAAAGCAAUUAUUGAUUUGCUCAGCUUCUCGUCUUUCUUUCACUUCUUUCAAACUCCUGUUGUCAUUUCAUGAUUUUAGUGAAUAUCACAGCUAAUUUCACCUCACAGGCCUUUUCUUUGUGAAAUUACAUCCAUGACAGCACUAAUGGUUCGCUUUUAGGUGGCUGAAAAGCUGCCUUACAGGAGCAGCGGGUCGCUGCCACAUCAUUCAUUUCCAGUUAUGAAAAACAGACACAUGCAGUCCAUGAAUGUACAGUAUAUUACCACCAAAAUAAGUUAUUAAGGACUGAAGACGUUUCAGUGUCGGCCUGAGUGGGAGUGCAUGGUGGGCUUCUAUCACGUAUUGAUCCUUUCACUUCUACCACGAAGCCACAGUCACAUGACCAGAGGCAGGACGCCUGCAUAUCACAAGGAUCAAUGUUAAAGCGCUAGUCCUAGUUUACAGUACUUCAUACUAAUGACGUCCAUGGAGACAUACUGGAAUUUUUAUUACCGCCACAAAGGAGAGCAUGGGUUAGAGCAGGGGUGUUCAAACUUUUUCCAGCGAGGGCCACAUAGUGAAACAUGAAAGGAUGCAAGGGCCACUUUCAUAUUUUGUAAACCAACACAUGCAGUUAUGCAUAAUAACUACUUAUUCAUAUAUAGAUGAAAAAGCAGAAUAUCAGUAUGAACUUCAGACUUUGGUUUUUUACCCUCAUUUUCGAACUCUUUUAAGUAAUCUUCAUACAUUUUCAUUUCAUAAUAUUAUGAUUUUAACUUUUAACUUUUCCCCCAACCAAAUUUUCCAAAAAUUACAACUUUAUUUUGUUUUACUCGUUAUCACAACAGUAUUUUUUCUUUAAUAUUUCAACUAUGAUACUAAAAUUGUUAUUUUUACUCAUAGUAUCUCGUAAAAUUCUGACUUUCUCGUUAGAUGACAGUUUUUUUUUAAUUUUCAUAACAUGACAGGGUUUAAAAUUUUUUUUUUUUUUUACAUUUUUCCAAUUAUUUCAACUUUCUUCUUGUAAAUUUUCCUCUCUUCAUUAUGACUUUAUCCCCCAAAAUUUGGACUUUAUUCUUGUACCAUUCUAACUUUUUCCACAACCUAAUUUUCCAAAAAUUACAGCUGUAGUCGUUGCUUUGUCUGUCGUAAUAUUGCAGAGUAAAAAAAUUACAUUAUGCUACUAAAAUGACAUUUUUCCUCAAAAUAUUACAUUGUUCUCGUAAAAUGUACUUUUUCUUGUUUUUCUCUUCAUAUUUUACUUAAUCUCGUAAAAUUACAGCUCUUAUUUUCCCAUUUCUGCUGUUCUUUUUUUCAACUUUGUUCUUGACAUAACUUUUUCCCGUGACAUAACUUUUUCCGCAACCUAAUCUUCCCAAAAUAACAACUUUAUUUGUUGUUUUGUUUGUCUCAUAAUGUCGCGACUCUAAAAAAAAAUAUUACUAAAAUGAUGUUAUUUUUCCUAACAUAAUAUACAUACAACAACAUAAUAUUACAACAUUAUUCUCAUAAACCCCGUGAUCCCAGUGAGGAUCAGGGGCAUACAAUGGAUGGACGGAUAUUCUUGUAAAAUUAUAACUUUUUUUCUGUUAAUGUUUUUACUUUAUUCUUGUAAAAUGACUGCUUUUUUUUUUUUUUUUACAUCGUUUGCAGAUUUUUUUAUUUUAUUUUUUAUAGUUUUCUUGUUAAUUAUAUUUUUAGAAUGUGCAGUGGGCCAAAACUCCCCCCCCCAAAAAACAGCCGCGGGCUACAAAUAGCCCCAGGGACGCAGUUUGGACACCACUGGGUUGGGCUCCUAUCAAGGCAGCAAUAGUAGCAUUUUUUCCUGUUUGUUUUCUGUGUUCCUCAGAGCAAUGAGUCUUUGUCGCUCACUCUUUGUUGUGUGCGCCAUCCUUCAAAAACCCGACAACUUCCUCCUGCUGCGACAGGCGCAGCACCGCCAAAAUGAGAAAUGACUUGCACAGUUUAGCCCCUCUUCAUUUUCUCUCGCCUUAUUACCAGCACACACACACACACACACACACACACACACACACACACACACAUACUUUCACAGAUGAUUAGUGAAGUCUUGUUACUCCAAUCUCCAGAACAGAAAAAGUUCUUUUUCCUUCUGUCCAUGUCCACCUUGGGUGACAUCCGGUAGACGUAGUCGACUUUGACACAGUAGAGAGCGAUGGCCGCCGCGCGCGCCGCUAAUUAGCUGUCAUUCAUAAUUGAUUCAAGUCGGAAUGGGAAUAAUAAAUGGAAAUUGAAUUUUAUUGGUGGGGUCUUGUCAAAUACACUUAGAUGGAGAGCAGAGAGCCGAUGUAAACAUGCAAGAUAACUUCAUUAAAUCAAGUUUAGUUCAUCAGGAAAAAAGGCCGAGAGACAGAUUGUUUAUUUUUUCUGCUUAAGUACUUGCAAACGUGACAAACAUGACAAGCAGUUGGACGAGCAAUCUUUACUGCAGCUUUUUAGGAAAUUGCUUCGUGUUAGUAUUGUGUAGUAUAUCACAAUUGUAUCAAGAGUUCUUAUGUUUUUUUGGUCAGCAAUUCAAUCAAGUAAUUAAAAUUGACCAGUUGACCAUCUAUCAUGUAUGUUUUAUAUAACUGGUAUAAAUUCAUGUAGACAAAAAUUAUGAGACAUAUUCCUCCAACAGCAGGCGUGUCCAAACUGAAGCCCACACCUUAAAAAAAAACAACAAAAAAACAAAAACAAAUUUAAAACAAAAAAAAACAAAAAAAAACUCAAGAAAAGCAAAAGCUGAAAAAAAACCCAAAAGGGCACAGUGUCACAAGAAAAAGUUGAAAUAUUAAUAGAAAAAUGCCGCGGAAGCUACCUGUGGCUAACCCCCUGCCCAGCAUCGGAGACAGACUUGGUGUCUUUUUGCCUUUUAAACCACCGGUAUGCUAACCUGGGCAGUAUGCCAACUAAUCCACAAUGAUAACAAUGCUAACAGCUAGCCUGCCAGAAGCCUGCGUGGAUACCUUAUGGUAACACGGGGACAACUCUUGCUUCAGUGGACAGUUGCUAAAGUGCUAAACACCAAAAUGAUGUGUAAAAUGUUACAGCGAGACUGUUUUCAUUUUGGGAGACGCUCAACAAAAUGGCAAUGCUGACAAUGCUAAGAGAUAGCAUGUGCCUAAAUGCCGACUCAACAUUUAGUGUGUAGCUAAUCUACGGACCUAAUUUUGACAUAAAUAAUACGAAGAUGGGCUGCAUUCGAGGCUGCUGUUGCUAUUGUGUUUUAUUUAAAUAUAUAGAAUUUAUUUACACAUUUUAAAUAAGGUGGCCCCCAAAUAUUUUGAUUUUCAGUAUCCGGUUCUCUGUGGAAAAACAUUUGGACAUCCCUGAUCUACAGUGACUGAGUUACUCAUUACAUUUGUCCACAUGGUGUACUUGACCCUGUUGACGGUUGCACAGGCCAAUGAUAUUAGUGUGUGUGUGUUUAACAGUCUCGGCCAUCCUCCUGCAUUGUGUAUGCACAUAUUGUGAGGUGUCCGAGUCAUCGAUGCAGUCCUCACAAGUAGCACAUCAUUAAUAACGAAGAGACCUUUGAAGAUCCUGCAUAAAUGUCUAAUUAGGUUUGGUAACCUUUAGGAAACUCCAGUGGCUGCAUACUAAACAGGCGACGGGAUGUGCUACUGCAUGGCAAACUAAGAAGUCAACAUGUGGGCGAGCGUGUUGACAUUGAGCAGCUUUGUUGCCGAAAGGCCACAACUGUUUAAAUCACGUUGCAGCCAUUCCGGGAGACAAUUUAAGGGCCGACGUGGUGGUGGCAAAAUAUGUCUUGUUUGUUAUUGUCGUGGCCUUGCAGGUGUGUGUUUUUACGUAACGAUGACAAGCCAGCGUGGCAUUUAACAUUUAUCCCGCAAGUCUUCUAGCCACCAACGCAUCUGACCUCUUGGUUUUGUUGUGGGUCAGUUUUGGACUUUUCAGAGUCAGUUAAAUGUCUUUUUUUGGCCUUUUUGCCUGGGAGGGGGCACGUUUUAAGAACACCAAGGACUGCAGGCCAAGACUAUAAUGUCAGAGCAAGGCAUUGACUUCAACGUAGUCUUGAAUAGAGCAUCUACAGUGGGGAGAAUAAGUAUUUGAUCCCCUAGAAACCGGCAAGCAUUCUCACCCCCCAACAAUUUGUCCUGUCCCCUUAGGAAAAAACUUCAAAGCUGAACUAAUUCUGUGGACAAAAGACACCUGCCACAGAAACAGUCGCUUUCAUUCUAACCGCUCCUCAACCUUGGGAAGACCAAAGAGCCGUCAAAGAAUCUCAGGGGCAAGAUUGGAAUGGGCUACAUGCUAGCAUACAUGGAACAGAUAUCUGCAAAGUUUUAUCAUAGGUCCAUCACAAGAAGCAUGGUGAGAAAGACACCGCUGUUGGCGCAAUAAUCCAUAAAUAUAAAAAACACACCAUAGGAAAGACCAAAGAUCUGUCAAAGGACAAAAUUGUAAACCCGCACAAGAUUGGAAUGGGCCACAUGCUAGCAUACUUGCAAUACAGAUAUCCUAUCAUAAGAUUUCAGCUAGUGCGCUAAUUCUGUGAAAGGAGAGGGACCAGCCCAGAAGUAGUUGGCUAAUGAUGUCAAGGGAGUUGGCAGCACAGUCACUCAGAAAAGCAUGAGGAAGACACUUCGCUGGAAUGGAUUGAGAUCCUGCAGUGCCCACAAGGCCCCCCUGCUUAAACAGACACAUGUACACACCCGUCUGAGUGACUCAGAAAAGACUUGGCAGAAUGUAAAUGUGGUCAGAUGAGACCAAAAUUCAGCUCUUUGGUUUCAACUCGACUGUGUUUGGAAGCAAGAAAGAAGCCGAAUAUGACCAAAGAACACCAUCUGUCUGUAAACACUGCAGGGUAUCGGGCCCAAUUCGGAUUUGUUGUUAAAAUCCGAUCUUUUGUGUGGUCGUUCACAUUACCCCCAAAAAUGUGACAUCACACGCUUUGCCAUGUGUUUACGCAAGUAAACAUUGCUUCAGUUAGUGGAAAUUUCCAGGAUUUUGUGCAACGGGAGUCAAUAUUUUCUUUACCAAAUGAUUUUGCGAAGGAGAUAAAGAAGAAAGAGGGGUGGAACCAUUCUGCCUUGGGGUUGUUUCCCUGCUAAGGGUACAGUAGGACGGUGUCAUGUACACCUUGAAACCGGUAACCGGCCCAUGCCUGGAUGAGAAUGUCCUGCCCUCAGCUGGACUGCAGAUGAAGUGGCGUGGAUGGGUAUUCCAGGAUGAAUGCUGCCAGGGGAACAAAUGCGUGGCUCAAACUCAUACUGGUGUCUCUGGACCUUAAACCCGGGAUUUGCCAACGACAACCUCAAAACCUUCGGGAUUUGGAGAGAUUCCAUCUGUCUUUCUGUUAGGGUUAGGGUUAACCUUAAUAAAUAUACCGGAAAAAUCUGGGUAUGACAGGAGAGCUCGGGUCUUUUAAGGACCGACAGCAAAAACGCCAGUCAAAGAUCAUCUAUAUGACAGCUGAUGAUGUUUGUGUUGUAAAAAUCCCAUGCAUGUCUCAGUAGAGUUGAUAUGAGAUGAGACUAUUGUCAUACAUGGUAAUAGAGCACUCACUGUGAUAUAAUCUGCGCUGCUGCAGGAAAGGAAAUUGCAUGAAAGGCAGCAUUGUUCAUAAAGAGCAUCAAUAACAUGGCGGAUGCUGACGACGAGGACGUUUCCUGCUCGCCGUGUGGUGACAAUAAUCCUUCUUGACAUCAACUCAGGGGUGAGCGGAAGGCGAGAACACAUUGAUCCAAAUCUGGAAAUGCAAAUUUUUUGUCUUAAAAAGAUCUAAAUAUGACCUUAGAGUUGUAAAAGAGAAGAAAAAAGAGGCGUCAGCGUAAAUGUAGUGUGGCAUCAAACACAGUUAGUGCGGCGAGGAAGGCUUCACCUGGCGCUGCUCGCCAAAGCAAUAUAAACACAGCGCAUCCCAAGACGAGCAUCGCAGGCAGAUGCACUCCAACAUAUUUAUUAGACACACACACACACUGAGGCUUGUCAGCGUGCCGCUAACAUCAGAGGGGUUGUUAAUGGAGGCGGACAGCUCGGCUGCUGCUGAGGAAAUGCACAGCCGUGUCCUGCAGCAGAGCUGGGAAUUGGACCUACGGAAUGUAAAGCACAUAACACUGCGCCACCGUGCUGACGUCCAAGAAGCUCAUUAAGCUCCUGCACCAAUUCCCUCUUAAGUUAAAUUCCAGGUGUCACCGCACGGCAUUACUGGGAAUAAACGUGGGAGUUGCAGCCAUUCCGUGUCCACAUCACAGUUAUCUGCCAGAUGUUUGCUCCUUACGACCGCGGAUGCUUGGACGUACGACAACAGAUAGCAUUCUUUCAUCAAGUGUUCCUCCAUCAGCGACUUUUGGAGAGCCACCUGAGAUCUUUCCUCCUGGCGUCUUAAAGACGCCAACGUGUCAACCAGCGUUGCUUUCCUGACAUCUGCGGGGGAGUCUUUGGAGACGUCCAAUUUUCCGAGUGAGGGAGCUAAUGAUGUGUUAAUGCUGAAUGGCAGACAUUGGGGAAACAAACUCUCUUCGGUCUUAUCACCUAAAAUAACACAAACAAACACGAACAACGUGACAACGCUGCACUUUGAGGACAAUCACGUUACGCUGCACAGCUUUUUGUACGUAGGUUUUUUUUUGGGGGGGCGGACGUAAGCGAUGGAACUACGUAACACCACGAGACAAAUAUAAAUAAAAUAAAAUAUGAGAACAACAACCUGGACACACUGUCAGAAAUACUAAUUUUCAGAGAGAAAAAAGUUGCAACAUUUGAAACAUAACGUCAUAAUAAUAUUAAGACAAAAAAAGACCACAUUUUUAAGUGAAUUAUCUGAGGAGAACAAUUUUAGAGAAUAAAGCUGGAAUUUUGCUGGAUUUUUUUUUAAAGGUGUAAUACAAUGAAAAUGUGCCACCUGGAGAAAAAGUCAAAAUAUGAGAAUUAAGGUGUACUGUUUUCUAAAAUGAACAAUUCUAGUCAUAAAUAAAUAAAUAUUCAGAUAAUGAAGUUGAUAUAUUUUGAGGAGUUACUACAAGAAUCAUGAAUACUUUUAUGGAAUUGAGGUGAAUGAAAUUGUAAUUUUACGACAAUAAAGUUGAGAUUUUUUUGUAAUUUUUUAAAAAUAAGGUCUAAUACUAUUUUUUUUUUAAAAGAUGGGAUACUGAAAAAGUCAAAAAUAUUAGCAGAUGUGCUAUUUUCAAAAAAGAAAUUCUCCAGAGAAAUAAAUUGAAACAAUGAUAGUCACAUGAAUCAUGAUCUACUACUGAGAAAAUACGUACGUGGAAUUUUUCCAUUUUUUGAGGAAAAGAGUUUAAAAUGUAGUAAUUUUAUGGAAACAUGAUUUACUAUAUACAGUGGUGUGAAAAAUUGUUUGCCCCCCCCCCUUUUUAUUUUUGCAUUUUUGUCACUUGCCUCAGUUAAGGUCAGAGUUCAUGACUCCACCAAAAGAAAGACACUGGGCAAAAACAGCCUGCAUGGCAGAGUUCCAAGACGAAAACUGCUGCUGAAGAAAAAGAACAUUAAGGCUCAUCUCAAUUUUGCCAGAAAACAUCUUGAUGAUCCCAAAGACCUUUGGGGAAAUACUCUGUGGUCCGACGAGGCAAAAGUUUAACUUUUUGAAAGGUGUGUGUCCCAAUACAUCUGCUGUAAAAGUAGCGCCUCAUUUCAGAAAAAGAACAUCAUACCAGCAGUGAAAUAUGGUGGUGGUAGUGUGAUGGUCUAAUGUCCGACCAUCUGUUGGUGACCUCAAGCUGAAACCAAUUUGGGUUCUGCAGCAGGACAAUGAUCCAAAACACACCAGCAAGUCCACCAAUGAAAAAAAGUUAACAUUUUAUGAAAACAUAAUACGAAAAUACAAAAAAGUCAUUUUACAAGAAUAAAGGUCUUAUGUUACGAGGAGAACGUUAUGAGAAUCAAAGAGGACAAUUAUGAGGAAAAAGUUGCGAUUUUAUGGGGAACAAGAAAAGUAACUUUUUGAGAAUAAAGCUGUAAAGUCGAGUAUUUCAAGAAGUUACGUCAAGAAAGUCGAAAUGUUAUGAAAUUUAAGAAGUAAUUAUUUUUUUUAAAUCUGUGAGAAUACAGUUCUAAUACUAUGAAAAUGAAAUAGUCGAGUAAAAAAAAAAAAAAAAGUACUUUUAUGACAACAAAGUCAUACUUUUGAGGAUAAAGUCGCGAUAUGGGAAUAAAGGGAAUAAAAUGAAAAAGAAAAUAUUAAAACGUACGAUGAGGACGAAGUUGUAGAAAACAGUUGUAAUUUCGUGACGAUAAAGUCUUAAUUUGACAAAUUUUUGGAGAAUAAACUAAAAAAAGUAUUAGUCGCAGUAUUAGAAGUUAUUUGGAGAAGCACGAUGUACUAUUAUGAGAACAAUGUCAGAAUUUUAUGAGGCUGAAGUCGUAAUUUUACGAAAAGUUGUUACGAAAAUCACGGGGCUUGACUAUGAAGAAAAGCAUUGGAAUUUUAUGAAAAUUAAUUUGUGAUACUAAGAUUACUAGUUGUCAUAUUUGUAAGUUUGAGGAUACAUUUGUUUUUUUUUUUUUUUUUUUAAAAUUCACAAUUUUGUUCGAAUAAAGUGAUUUCGGAUAUGAAAAAAGUACAAUAUUAACAUGCUGCUAACAAAACACAUUCUCAUCCUGCAUCUUUUGCAGAUAUCUCGCCAUUGCUUGGCUUUUAUGUCUGAAGGUAGCGCUCGCUUGCGUGGAUGCUAAUCUCCGGAUUGCUUCCAGAGCCUCCAUCAGACCCCCCCCCCCAUGCGGCACAGCAUAUGUGCAUUGUGAUGGAAGGUAAAAGGAAAUGACAGUCCAUUUGAAGAUGCUCAAGUGGCGGCGUCAUGAAUAAUGCAGAGGGAGCAGCGAGCGGCUUCAAAGUUUAUCGUUGCUUGGCUUGUCUCGCUGGCGGAGAGACAGCGGCGGCGGCGGCAGCGCUGCGGCGAGAUUACACCGACACCCGGCCGAGACCUGGUCAAACUCAAUUAAAUGAGACCGGGAUAAUUUGCUCUCCUCAUUGUACUUUUUUUUUUUUAUUGAAAGAAACAAAAGCCAGGGCGAGCCGGCAGUGGAAUGAUUAGGCGGCGUGCAUGUAAAAAUAUGCAAAUGGGGCCACGCCGAUGAGAGGAUGCGUGCAUAUUUUGGCUAAUAAGCUCAAAGGCGUUGGAUUGUGAUGUUGCAUCUAUCAGCUCUUGAUGGAUUUGCAUCUGCUGCUGAUAGAUUGAAAGAAGGUGCACGAGUGCCGUUAAAGCCCGCUGAUGGCUUUAAUCGUCCCAUUGAUAGAUGAUUUACUCGUCCUCCUCAUUUGCAUGGCAAGCCUCCAAACAAGCUAAAUCUCAGUCUUUGCCGCAUAUUUGAAGCCUUAGGAGAGUUCAUUAGCCCCGCAGCCUCCUCCCUCCCCGCCCAGCUUGUUGUAGCAUGUAACUAUUUUCCUUGUCGACAUGGUAAACAAACACUUACGCCACCCACGCGUUCAGCGCUCCAUCAAUCCGGGGGUCUCGGCUAAUGAUGAUGAAAGCGUGUUAAAGUACAAAGCGCCGCUAAUUAGGCCGCUGUCGAUUGCGCCUCAUUAGCGCUGACGCUGUCCAGACAGGUUCCGGGCCCUCAUCUAUAAAACUGUGCGUGGAAAUCUGACUAAAAGUCUGCGUGAAACCAAAAAUUUGCAUACGGACAAAACGAUUCUCAUGGCACAUGAAUGCGACGUCCAUAUUUAAUGACCCUUGAUUGCAUAUCACGUCAAGUUGUGUGUGUGUGUGUGUGUUUGUUUUUUUUUAAAAUAAGUACCAUACUUUGCGUGGAAAACGGCGUACACAACUUUUCGGCCCCAUUGUGUGCGUACGCAAGCUUUAUAGAUGAGGCCCCUGGCCCGUCCCCCAACACUGCCUCAGUUGAUCAUUAUUUGAAAGGCUGUACUGUACAGGUGAUGACCGUAAACGUAUGAAACGUCCUUUACGAACAUCCACAAGCCCACUACUAACACAAUCAGACAAUAUUUUUUACAAAAAAUUAUGAGAAUGGGUCAUUACAUGAGAACAAAGGUCGCCUGUGAAAUUGGCGUUCGUCGUGUUAGGAGAAUAAAGAACGGCGCAUUAUGAGAAAACGCUGCAGUUUAGGAGAACUCAUUUUAAGGAGGAUAAACUUGGACAUUUAUGAAAAGGAUAUUUGCCGUAAUUAUGAGAAUAAAGUUCGAGUCAUGAGAAGAUGUUACAAUUUAUGAGAAGUUGCAAUUUUAUGAGAAAAAGUAAGUAACACUUUCAUAUUUAACUUGCUCUGGUGUCCCAACAUACAUCAGUCAUGACUCUCCAGCAUUUCCUAUGAAAUCUUACGAAAUGAGGCAUACUGGAGAAACGUGGAAGAAUCCUUUUUUUUCUUCACUUUUCAUUUAUGAAACACACUAAAAUACUACAAAGUAACAUUUUUAAAAAUGGUAAGGUUAUCAGAGAAAGACUAUUACUUACGAUAAUGCUAAAAAAAAAACAAAACACACCCUAACUAGUAACUAUUAGCUUUGUCACCUGUGUAGCACUUAAAGGUAUUGAAAUAGCUGAGAAAGCAGGUGGCUAUGAAGUCCUGUACAAACGGAAUGAGUUCAAUGUGGCGAUAUGUUGAUUCCAGUCAUGACUUGUCUUCAAAGCCAGGCCAGGCCUCAGGCAUGUUAUCAACUACUCUACGCACACAAUCAACAAAUGUGUCCACGUGACGCCAGUGUUGGCUUACCCUAUCAUGAACACUCAAAAAUGCGUCCUUUCCAGGGAUAAUAACGCUACUAGAGGAAGUGAACGUUGUUUUUCAUGGCCUCACUGUGCUCAAGCACACGGUGUAAAGCUCAGGGCAGCACAGCAGCCACUACGCUUCUUCAUCUUGCCUUUUUUUUUUCCUCCCAUUCUCUCUGUGGCCGAAGAAAGAAAAGAAUUUCUCUUUGGAGUUUUGUUGGCUGCGGGCUAAUCACCGACAUAAAUAUUCAAGUAUGCAUGGACUUAUAUUUCAUCUGGUGGGAAAAAUAAUGCCAUAAUACGCUAGAAGGACUCAAAUUGGGACACCUGGCCUCCACAGUGACUGUUAGCAUCUUUUCCACACCACAUAUUGUCUGAACUAAAGUAUACAGUGUUUGCCCCCUUGCUGAUUUUUUGCAUGUUUGUCACACUUACAGUAAAUGUUUCAGAUCAUCAAACACAUUUAAAUAUGAGUUAAUGACAACACAACUGAACACAAAAUGCAGUUUUUAAAUGAAACUUUUUAUUAUUAAGAGAGAAAAAAAAUCCAAACCUACAUGACCCUGUGUGAAAAAGUGAUUGCCCCCUAAACCUAAUAAGUGGUUGGGCCACCCUUAGCAGCAACAACUGCAAUCAAGCGUUUGUGAUAACUUGCAAUGAGUCUCUUACAGCGCUGUGGAGGAAUUUUGGCCCACUCAUCUUUGCAGAAUUGUUGUAAUUCAGCCACAUUGGAGGGUUUCAUCUCAAUAGGAUUCAGGUCAGGACUUUGACUAGGCCACUCCAAAGUCUUCAUUUUGUUUUUCU